GUUAUUCAUGCUCUCUUCCUAUACAUUGUCUCAGUGGCAUGUUUAGUCGAACCCAAAAGCUUGGAAUAAGUAGUUGAGCCGAUCUCCUCCGGCCACCGGCGGGCCAAGUCUAGCUUAAACGAACAAAGCCAUUAAACCCCGGCGGGAGUAACCGGUUCCCAAUCUCGCAUCUUACUUGGUACUUGGUCCAAUACCGAAUGCAAAAUACAAGCUGCCGGGCAUUCACAGCUAACCACACACAAUCUAUAAAUCCAAUUCAUUCAUCACUUUAUCCUAGUUAAUUUAGUUAUGGUGGCGGCGAAUCAAAAUGAGGGUCCAGGACUGAUCUCUGGGGUCGGUUCUCAGACCCUUCCCCCAAUUCGGGCGUGCCUGUUUGACAUGGAUGGUCUCCUCAUUAACACCGAAGACUUAUACACCCUCUGUGCCGACAUAGUCUUGACCAAAUACGGACGGCCCCGUCUCCCCUGGUCCAUCAAGGCUCAGCUCAUGGGCGUCCCUGGCGCAUCCCACGGCGACACCUUUCACAGCUGGGCUCAGCUACCAAUUUCAAGAGAGCAGUUCAAAGAGGAACAAGCCGAGCAACACCGGAUCCAUUUCCCCGAGUGCAAGCCUCUCCCCGGGGUAGAAAAGCUUCUCAAGGAUCUCAGGAGCGCGAAGACUACACAGGGCUUGCCGGUUGAAAUUGCCCUCGCUACCAGUAGCCAUAAAGCGAACUACGAGCUAAAGACUUCGCGGCCAGAAACGAAGGCUGUUCUAGAUCUAAUUCCGGAGGAACAUCGAGUCCUAGGAGACGAUCCCAGGAUUCAACGUGGCAAGCCGGCUCCUGAUAUCUACCUGCUUGCCCUGCAGAUAAUUAAUUCAUCACUACCUGAGGGCAUUCCAAAGAUCACGCCCAACGAGUGCCUGGUCUUCGAGGACAGCGUCCUAGGCGUAGAGGCAGGGCGGAGGGCAGGUAUGAGGGCCGUAUGGGUUCCUCAUACCGGCCUCGCCGCCGAGUACAAGGGCAAGGAGAAAGAGGUGCUUGCUGGGAGGACGGCGUUAUAUCCCAUUGGCAAUGACGAGCAGCUCGGCGCGAUCGACGAUGGCCGAGCUGAACAGCUUGUUAGCCUGGAGAAUUUCCCUUAUGAUAAGUUUGGCAUUGUUGUUCCCCGAGACAACUAAUUCAAUAGGUAGAGGUAAAUAAGCAAGUAGAUGAAUAUUUAUCAGAUCAGACACGCCACUGCGCUAAAGCUACUAAUUCCACGGAUGGGAAGGGUUCGCUACGUAUUAACCCGCCAAGCGAACCAGCUCCCAUUGUGGGGUCACAUAACAGCAAUCGAGAUGGUGCUAUACUCCAAGACAGAGGCGUAAAGAUCUGGGUUAACCUCAACCUGCAUCUCAACCGUGGAACGUAUCCGAGUGCGGG